AUGAAAAUAAUAAAAAUAAUUCAUAUUCAUAAUUCAACUGUAGAUAUUAUUUGUUCUUCAAUAUCAAUUCUAUUAACUACUUAUAAACAAGUAUCUAUUAUUUUUGCAUGGCAACUUGAUCAAGUAUUAUUGAAUGAAAAUAAUGAUGAUUUAGCAUUGAAACAAAAUGAAGAACUUCUACGUGCAACACUAUCAUGUAUUCUUCAAAUAAUUCAAAGAUCAUCACCAUAUUUUUAUCCAUUUGUACACGUUCUUACAAAUAAUGCUCAAUUUAAUAAUGAUUCUAAUCUUAAUAUAAUUCCAUCACCAUUUAUUGGUCUUGCACGAAGUUUAAUAACUGAAUAUGAACGAAAUCGAUUAAAACUUACUGAUCUUCAAACAUCAUUAAAUAAUAAAUUAAUAUUUAUUUAUACUUUAAUAGAAUACAUGAUUAAUUCAAGAUAUUCAACUGAUACUUGUGAAGUUGUUCUUCGUCUUAAUCAUACAAAUCAAAAUGAAGUUCAACAUUUAACAUGGCAUUAUGAAAUGUUACAAAAAUAUGUUGAUGAUGAACAAGAGAAAUCUAAAUUCGAACAAAUUUCUAUUGUUCCUAAACGAGAAGUUGAUCAAAAAUUAUUUCGACCUUGUGUAUUACCAUCUCAUUUUCUUUCUAAAUUAGCAUGGAUUGAAGAAGAUAAAGAAAAAGAAUUAUUACCAUCAGAUAUGGUAGACUGA